CAUCUCCAUGCGUCAUAGCGCGCUUGCGCUCCAGUCUGUGUUUACAAUAGAACUUAUAGAUAUAUAAAUGAUCUUACAUGGCAGUAAUGCGUUAAUUAAUUUCCUUAUUAAUAUCGCACAGAUGGAGCAUCCUCUGUUGGAUUAAGGGGCACCCGGAAAUAGAUGAUAACCUGAGGAUGGUGCACCGGUUUAUUGCACGGUUUGUGUUCCCUCCUUCCGCUCUCUCUCUCUCUCUCUCUCUCUCUCUCUCUCUCUCUCUCUCUCUCUCUCUCUCUCCCAUCAUCCCUCCCCGGUUGGUACCCUUGCUCUCGCACGCACGAGCAUCCUCCGUCAUGGCGUCUUCCAACCAUGUCACCCCCACCAACUGCAGCUGGUGGCCCAUUUCGGCCAUGGACGAAGACGGCAAGCUCGCAGAUGGAGAGGAGAGUCACGAGCCGCCAGUGGAGCACAAACCCUUCUCUAAAGACCGCCUCGUUUUGUACCACUGGACGCAGUCUUUCAGCUCGCAAAAGGUUCGUCUAGUGAUUAAUGAGAAGGGACUGCUGUGUGAAGAGCGGGAUGUUAGUCUACCUCUGACUGAGCACAAGGAGCCCUGGUUCAUGAGGCUCAACCUUGGAGAGGAGGUGCCUGUGUUCAUACAUGGAGACACUAUUGUCAGUGACUACAACCAAAUCAUCGAAUACUUAGAGACCAACUUUAUGGGUGAUACAAUAGCCCAGCUUAUUCCAGAUGAAGGCACUCCCAUGUAUGCUCGGGUCAAGCAGUAUCAAGAGCUUCUGGAUGGCCUGCCCAUGGACGCCUACACACAUGGCUGCAUCCUCCACCCUGAGCUCACCACCGACUCCAUGAUCCCAAAGUACGCCACUGCUGAAAUACGUAGACACUUAGCCAAUGCAGCAUCUGAACUCAUGAAGCUGGACCACGAGGAGCCACAGCUGACAGAGCCAUACCUUUCAAAGCAGAAAAAACUCAUGGCGAAGAUAUUGGACCAUGACAACGUGAACUACCUGAAGAAAAUCCUUGUUGAAUUGGCAAUGGUACUAGACCAGGUAGAGGCAGAACUUGAAAAGAGGAAACUGGAGUAUCAAGGUCAGAAGCAGGAGUUGUGGCUUUGUGGACCAGACUUUACGCUAGCUGAUAUAUGUCUUGGAGCCACAUUGCACAGGCUUAAGUUCUUGGGACUUUCAAAUAAGUACUGGGAGGACGGAAGCAGACCCAACCUCCAGUCAUUUUUCGAGCGUGUGCAGAAGCGUUACGCUUUCCGCAAGGUGUUGGGAGACAUCCACACCACCUUACUUUCAGCAGUCCUCCCCAACGCGUUCCGAAUGGUAAAAAAGAAGCCGCCGUCCUUCUUUGGGGCUUCCUUCUUAAUGGGUUCUUUAGGUGGGAUGGGCUAUUUUGCCUAUUGGUUUUUAAAAAAGAAAUACAUGUAGUAAAUGCUCUAAUACUGUGUACUGUGUCUGUGAAUUUGUGUGAGGCUGCAACUUUUCUGUACCAGAUGUUGUGCAACAGCUAGAAAUAUGAUGCUGUGCAGAGAAAAACCCUGUUAUCUGAGUGAACAGAUUAAAUAAGAACAUUCCAUGACGAGGAAUUCUUCUUAUCAACCCAUUUUCUGGUAAUCGAUGCCUUCAUUUAUUUUUUAUAUCGAUUUCCCUAUGGUUUACGAAAUGCCUUUAAUUUCAUUUGCUUACAGAUUACAGUCAGUGAAACCGAACGUCACAAUCUAAAUUAAAAGCACUACAAAUUC